CCGACUGCAGCCCGGGCGGCCGCGCUCCGUGCCCGUCCUGCAGCCGGAGGGUGCCGGUGCCGGCCACAGCCCCGAGCACCUCAGGAGCGGCGGGGGUGAGACGCCCGGCCGGGCGCUGCUUUCGCGUUACUUCCAGCCCCAGCCCAGGCUCCCCGCCGAGCCCCCGCUGCCCGAUACCCGCGCCUUUCGCCGCUCCGCCCGGCGGCCUGCCGGGGGCGUGCCGAGCCGUGCCGAGCCGGCCGGAGCCGUGCCGAGCCGUGCUGCGCUGCCCACAAAGGCCGGCUCUGGGGGCGCGGGGCCGGCACCGCUCCUCCCCGCGGCUCUGCUCCGGCACCCAUCAUGGCUCCGCGCGCCCCCCGUCCUCUCCUCCUCGUCCUCCUGCUGCUGCCGGGCGGCUGCGGGGCCGGCCUGCCCCCGGAGCCGCCGCCGCCGCCGAGCCCGCAGCUGCAGCCCCAGCCCCUGCCCGAGUCGGCUCCGCAGAAGCCCACCGUGCUCCUGGCCAUCAUCGCCCGCAACGCGGCGCACACGCUGCCCCACUUCCUCGGCUGCAUCGAGAGGCUGCGCUACCCCAAGAACAGGAUCGCCCUCUGGGCAGCCACUGACCACAAUGCUGAUAACACCACAGCAAUCCUUAGAGAGUGGCUGAAGAACGUGCAGAACCUCUACCAUGAUGUGGAAUGGAGGCCAAUGGAAGACCCGCAGUCUUACCCAGAAGAGAUUGGACCAAAGCAUUGGCCAAGCUCCCGGUUCACCCAUGUGAUGAAACUCCGACAGGCUGCCCUGCGUGCUGCGCGAGAGAAGUGGUCAGACUACAUCCUGUUUGUUGAUACAGAUAACCUACUGACCAACCCACAAACCCUGAACCUGAUGAUAGCAGAGAACAAGACAUUGGUGGCACCAAUGCUCGAGUCUCGCUCUCUCUAUUCGAACUUCUGGUGUGGCAUCACCCCCCAGGGCUAUUACAAAAGGACCCUGGAUUAUCCCCUGAUUCGGGAAUGGAAGAGGACAGGCUGUUUUGCUGUCCCAAUGAUUCAUUCCACAUUCCUCAUUGACUUGAGGAAAGAGGCCUCUACCAAGCUGAUGUUCUACCCGCCCCACCAGGACUACACCUGGAGCUUUGAUGAUAUCAUGGUCUUUGCCUUCUCCAGUCGCCAAGCAGGAAUUCAGAUGUACAUCUGCAACCGUGAGCACUAUGGUUUCCUUCCCAUGCCCCUGAAACCACAUCAGAUGCUGCAAGAAGAAGCUGAGAACUUUGUGCACACAUUAAUUGAAGCUAUGAUUGAUCGUCCUCCCAUUGAACCUUCUCAGUAUGUCUCUGUUCCUCCAAAGCACCCUGACAAGAUGGGAUUUGACGAAAUUUUCAUGAUCAAUCUGAAGCGUCGGAAAGACAGGCGGGAUCGGAUGCUGCGGACUCUCUAUGAACAGGAGAUUGCAGUCAAGAUAGUGGAAGCUGUGGAUGGAAAAGCACUGAACACAAGUCAGCUCAAAGCUCUCAGCAUUGAUAUGCUUCCGGGUUACCGUGACCCAUAUUCCUCCAGACCACUAACCAGGGGAGAGAUCGGCUGCUUCCUUAGUCACUAUUACAUCUGGAAGGAGGUGGUGAACAGAGAACUGGAGAAGACGCUGGUUAUCGAGGACGAUGUGCGCUUUGAACACCAGUUUAAAAGGAAGCUCAUGAAGCUGAUGGAUGACAUUGAAGAAGCACAACUAGAUUGGGAGCUUAUAUACAUUGGACGGAAAAGGAUGCAGGUGCAGCAGCCUGAGAAAGCAGUUCCCAAUGUCAUGAACCUCGUGGAAGCUGAUUACUCUUAUUGGACUCUGGGGUAUGCAAUCUCUUUCCAAGGUGCUCAGAAACUAAUUGGAGCUGAGCCUUUCAGCAAGAUGCUGCCUGUAGAUGAAUUUCUGCCGGUCAUGUACAACAAGCACCCUGUAGCAAAGUACAUGGAAUACUAUGAGUCCAGAGACUUGAAAGCCUUUUCAGCAGAACCACUGCUUGUUUACCCCACCCACUACACAGGCCAGCCAGGCUACCUCAGCGACACAGAGACCUCUACUAUCUGGGACAAUGAGACCGUGUCAACUGACUGGGACCGAACACACUCCUGGAAGUCCCGGCAGCAGGGCAAGAUCCAUAGCGAUGCCCAGAACAAGGAUGCCCUGCCUCCUCAGUCAUCUCUCAACACGCCAUCCUCCAGGGAUGAGCUAUGACUGCCUGCUUCCCCUGGGCUCUUUUGACAGCUGAACCUGCCUCACACCUGCUUUGCACCCUUGAAAGUUGUAGAGCAGCUGUUCAUGUGGUCUCCUUCCUGCUACCUGGAAUGGCAAGCAGGGUGGUUGGACCUGGUUGUGUUAUGAUUUACCAGGCUGCUUUUCCAGGACUGCGGGGAGAGGAAGGAGGAAAAAGUGUUCAAACUGGCUGAAAAAAGGCAGAGAUCGUAACAAAAGCCUUUGCAAGCUUUUGUAAACAAACAAAACAAACCUUGAAUGACGUCUUUCUACAAUACAUCGUGUAGAAUACUGUAUUUAUAAAGAUUAAUAUAUAGAGGUGUACAAGUGUUAAUACCUUUCUGGAUAGCUGUAACUGGGCUGCUGUGUAACUGUUACUUCUUGUAGGUUUGUAGGCUUUUAUAGCACUGUUUGCCGAGAGAAACUGCAGGCAAGUGUUUGGGUUACUUGGUUUUGUUUUUCAAAGGGAUCUCUGUCAGAAUCGAGAUUGUUUUUCAAAAAUGUUUGAUGCACUGGAGCGGUGCUCCAGUGUGGUGUCUGCUCCUUCAUCGCACUUCUGCAGAACAACGUUUCUGGCUCCCCUCUAAAUUUAAAGACUUCCUAGAUCCCAUCCAGGUAGGUCUGCCAGUCUGGAACUGAUACUUUGGCAUGUCUAGAAUCGUGGAAACUAACAGAUAAAGUGGUGGUUGCCCCUUCUGUUUUUCUCUGCACUGUAUGAAGGGAACAUGCCUUGCUUUCUCCCUGCCUCAGUUUAUUCCUUCAGGAAAAGAAAGCCUGACAACCUUUUUGCAGGCCUGUUUAAGUAGGCCACAAAAACAAGCACAGGACUUCUAGGAAAUUUGAUUUUUAUAGUUCUGGUUAUGAACUUCUUAUACUACCCUAAUAGAACAACCGACCAAAAUGUUAGUGCUGUCAGCUGUACUGUUCUCAACAGCCUUGAUAGAAUUGUGUUACAGGACGGAAAGGCAACUUGUCUUGAUAUUUUUUUCGAGUGUGGAGCAAACUGACUUGCCUUUGGCUAGCAUGUCAGCAGAGUGUGAUGUUUUGUUGUUUUUUUAAAAGGUUUCUUAGAGGCCAGGUGAUUGUGGACUACACUGCUUAGGUUUAGCUGGCACAGGUCUCAACCUGCAGGCUCUUGUUGCAGGGGGCAAUGUUCUCCUGCACUAGCAAACUGGAGACUCACCUGCUGGCUAACCUGUACAGUUGGGUAUGUGUGGUUGUUUGUUUUUAUUGUUGUUUGUUUUUAAUAAUUACUGAUCAAAGUUGUGCUUUCUGCUAAAGAAGACAUGUUGUUAUUACCUGUCAGCGGGUCUGAUAAUACAUAGAACCUGGUGCAAGACAA